CGUGGCUAAAACGUCAAACUAUACUCAUGUUGAAAAUAAUAACUCAACACAAACUUUUUUUAAAUUCUUUACCAUGGAUCAUCAUAAAUCUAAUUCUUGGCUCUAAUAUUGAAAAAGUCGUGAAGGCAUUAGGAGAAAAAGGUGUAAAGACGUAGAAAAAAAGUCUUUUCUUCUGGUUUAAUUAAUUGUAGAUAAUGCUCGAAUGCCCUGAUUUAGAAAACAGGAUUAAAAAUCCACACUGCAUUGAGCUGCAAUGAUCGUACAGAAAUCGAUGUAUUUGCGCUUUUUAGGAAUUAUUGUUCUAGCUGCUAUUGGAGUGAUUUUUAUGAUCUCAAGUCUCCCCAUUUCAGAUACGUGUAAUUGCGAGAGACCUGUUAAGGACAUUCAGCAUGAAAAAUUCCAUAGCAGCUUUAAAGAAAUUCAUUCUUUGGAUAAGCGCAAAUUAGCCAUUCUGGUUCCAUUUAGGGAUAGGUUUGAUGAGCUUCUACGGUUUGCACCACACAUAUCAGCGUUUCUGAAUCUGCAGCAAAUUCCGUUCCACAUAUUUGUCCUAAAUCAAAACGAUCGAUACCGUUUCAAUCGAGCGUCGCUAAUAAACGCCGGAUUUUUACAAGUAAAAGACAAUUACGACUAUAUUGCAAUGCACGAUGUCGACUUGCUUCCAUUGAAUAAUAAUCUAAAGUACGAUUACCCUACGAAUGGACCAUUGCAUAUUUCGGGACCAGAGUUUCAUCCAAAAUACCACUACGCCACCUUUAUCGGAGGAAUUUUGCUGUUAAAAGUCGAACACUAUAAGUUACUCAAUGGAAUGUCCAACAAAUACUGGGGAUGGGGCCUUGAGGAUGAUGAAUUCUACGUACGUAUCAAGGAAGCCGGUUUAGAGGUGCUACGACCACGAAAUAUUACCACUGGAUCAGAAAACACGUUCUUGCACAUACAUGACCGAUUACAUCGUAGAAGAGAUACGACUAAAUGUUUCAAUCAAAGGGAUGUGACGAGACGCAGAGAUCGUGAUACAGGACUCAACACGCUUCGAUACAGCCUAAAUAGUCGUAAGGAGCUGACGAUUGACGGUGUGGCUGUGACUGUACUGAAUAUAGAUUUGGAAUGUGAUAAAUCGCAAACGCCCUGGUGUGAAUGUGAUAGUAAAGUUGAUGCAAAAACCCGUUCGGACACUAAAGCCAAAACGUAAACCUACAGUUUUAUUUUAUAAAUAAACUAUCUGUUUUUUUUUUGCAAAACUACGCUUUAGGUUGAUUUAAACAUAACUGCCACUA